AUGAGUCACCGGAACUUAGUCCCUCUCUUGGGUUAUUGCCGCCGAGAAAAAGAGCUUCUUUUGGUGUACGACUACAUGCCCAACGGAAGCUUAGACAAAUAUCUGCACAAUAAUCCAGAGGUAACACUCGACUGGAAACAGAGGUUUAAAGUCAUCAAAGGUGUAGCCUCUGCCUUGUUCUUCCUCCACGAAGAAUGGGAACAAGUGGUGAUUCACCGCGACAUCAAAGCCAGCAACGUCUUGUUAGAUGCGGAGCUCAAUGGGAGACUCGGAGAUUUCGGUUUAGCUCGGUUGUGCGGUCACGGCUCGGACCCUCUAACCACGCAUGUCGCUGGAACAUGGGGAUACUUAGCCCCUGAUCACAUCAGGACAGGAAGGCCACGACCGCACCGAUGUUUUUGCGUUUGGGGUGCUCCUACUUGA